AUGUUAUUGUCUGAGGCUUCCAGAGGAGGAUCAAUCCCCCCCACACCGUACCAGAGGAGGAUCAAUCCCCCCACACCGUACCAGAGGAUCAAUCCCCCCACACCGUACCAGAGAAGGUUCAAUCCCCCCACACUGUACCAGAGGAGGUUCAAUCCCCCCACACCGUACCAGAGGAGGUUCAAUCCCCCCACACCGUACCAGAGGAGGAUCAAUCCCCCACAGUACCAGAGGAGGUUCAAUCCCCCCACCGUACCAGAGGAUCAAUCCCCCCAACCGUACCAGAGGAGGAUCAAUCCCCUUAACCGUACCAGAGGAUCAAUUGACCAGAGGAUCACCGUACCAGAGGAGGAUCAAUCCCCCCCACCGUACCAGAGGAGGAUCAAUCCCCCCACACCGUACCAGAGGAGGUUCAAUCCCCCCACACCGUACCAGAGGAGGUUCAAUCCCCCCACACCGUACCAGAGGAUCAAUCCCCCCACACCGUACCAGAGGAGGUUCAAUCCCCCCACACCGUACCAGAGGAGGUUCAAUCCCCCCACACCGUACCAGAGGAGGAUCAAUCCCCCCACACCGUACCAGAGGAGGUUCAAUCCCCCCACACCGUACCAGAGGAGGUUCAAUCCCCCCACACUGUACCAGAGGUUCAAUCCCCCCACACCGUACCAGAGGAGGUUCAAUCCCCCACACCGUACCAGAGGAGGUUCAAUCCCCCACACCGUACCAGAGGAGGUUCAAUCCCCCACACCGUACCAGAGGAUCAAUCACCCCACACCGUACCAGAGGAGGUUCAAUUUCCCCACACCGUACCAGAGGAGGUUCAAUCCCCCCACACUAGGAGGUUCAAUCCCCCACACCGUACCAGAGGAGGUUCAAUACCCCCACACCGUACCAGAGGAGGUUCAAUCCCCCCACACCGUACCAGAGGAGGUUCAAUCCCCCACACCGUACCAGAGGAGGUUCAAUCCCCCCACACCGUACCAGAGGAGGUUCAAUCCCCCCCACACCGUACCAGAGGAGGUUCAAUCCCCCACACCGUACCAGAGGAGGUUCAAUCCCCCCACACCGUACCAGAGGAUCAAUCCCCCCACACCGUACCAGAGGAGGUUCAAUCCCCCCACACCGUACCAGAGGAGGUUCAAUCCCCCCACACCGUACCAGAGGAGGUUCAAUCCCCCCACACUGUACCAGAGGAGGUUCAAUCCCCCCACACCGUACCAGAGGAGGUUCAAUCCCCCCACACCGUACCAGAGGAGGAUCAAUCCCCCACACCGUACCAGAGGAUCAAACACCGUACCAGAGGAUCAAUCCCCCCACACCGUACCAGAGGAUCAAUCCCCCCACACCCUACCAGAGGAGGUUCAAUCCCCCACACCGUACCAGAGGAUCAAUCCCCCCACACCGUACCAGAGGAGGUUCAAUCCCCCCACACCGUACCAGAGGAGGUUCAAUCCCCCCACACCGUACCAGAGGAGGUUCAAUACCCCCCAUUUGGUUUUAAUCCAGAGAGGUUAG